AUGGUCGAAACAGCGUUUUCAGCACCGAAGCAGCAGUCUCAGUUGAUUCGAGCGAAACGUCAGUGGGGUCGACCACCCUACGGCGGCGGAUUUCGACCACCCUACGGCGGCGGAUUUUGGCCACCUUACGGCGGCGGAUUUCGACCACCCUACGGCGGCGGAUUUCGACCACCCUACGGCGGCGGAUUUCGACCACCCUACGGCGGCGGAUUUCGGCCACCCAUCGACAUUGGACAGGGAGCAAAUCGUAUCAGAAGUCAAUUUCACAAGAUCAAGAACAGCUAUAAUCUGAUCUCUAUGCUAGAUUUAUAG